AUGGACAAGAAGCUCAAAGCAUUUCUAUCGGUGAUUUGGCCCAUAGGGCUUAUACAAGGUGCGACUGCAGACAUCUCUUUCACUGGUCUGCCCGGGACUGCAACAGUGCCAGAGAACAGUCCUGCCGGGACCAAAGUCUACGAAUUCCAAGUCUCAUUCUCAGCUGGAGCCUCCAUGGAGCCCGGUUACCCACAAAUCGUAAAUUCUAAUCCCCUCACUAGCGCUUUCAUUGCGUCCAUGGUCAGCACAAACCAAGCCCAGGUAACUAUCACGGGCAACCCGACGCUGGAUUUUGAGACGGCGCCCAACAGCUUUGUCCUGCAGAUCCUUGCGGUGGACACUGCAGGAGAAGCUGCUCUCCAGCCACUGACUGUCAUUCUCUCAGAUGUGAAUGAAGCCCCAGUGUUCCUGGAUGAAGACUCAGUCAUCUACAUCAUGGAGAAGUCUUCACCAGGAGUGAUCUAUCAGCCAAGCGUUUCUGACCCUGAGAGCAAGUCCCUCAGUUUUACUCUGACUCCCUCGAACUCAGCAUUCAGCGUUGACCUGCACACAGGAUCCCUCAGUACAACAAAACAGUUCAAUUACGUAACUGACCCCAGAAGCAAAAUCACAGCAUUCACCAUUCCAGAGGAGCUUAAUCCAGGGUAUAUUAUUACCAACAUCACUGCGGUAGUCCCAGAUGACUCCUUUUACAUCGGCUACAUCCUCUACACCAUCAGUACCAACAAUUACCUCGCCAUCCAUAGGCAUACGGGAAUCGUCACUAUUGCCAAUAGGAUGGACCGUGACAGCAGCCCCCUCAGGGAUGACCCCGUUAUCACUGUGACUGUUACGGCCAUGUACAGCCCCCCUGGACCCCCCCUGUCCCACUCCAUCGAGCUCACCAUCACUGUCUUGGACAUCAAUGACAACCCCCCUAUCUGUAACCCUGACACUCAGAGGAGAGAGGUGCCGGAGACAGAGAAGCUGGGGGCCUUAAUCGCUACAGUAACCUGCACUGAUAAUGAUGUGGAACCCAUCUUCAGGAAGUUCAAGUUCACAGAUCUGUCCUGCCUGGCCUGCAAUCUACGCUUUGCCCUGAGCCCUGUCGAGUCCAAUCACAUUGUGUUAAACGGAAGUCUGGACUUUGAGGAUCCCAAUAAUCUGUUCGUCGGCAAUGAAUACAGUCUUUCAGUGGCCGCUGUAGAUGUGAAUGACACAUCUCUGAGAGGUAGUGCCUACGUUUAUGUAACGGUGACCCCUGUAAAUGAAUACCCCCCUGUUUUCAGCCCUUCUUCCUACGUAUUCAACGUAUCUGAGCUUGAGGGAAUUGGGACAGCGAUUGGUUCUGUCAAUGCGACAGACAGGGACUUCCCUGCCGUGCCCGUGAGUUACUCCAUCGUCUCAGGUGGCGGAACCAGCGGUCUGAGCAACAUCUUCUACCUGGAGCCAGUAAAGGGCACUAUCUUCCUGCUGACACGACCAAACUACGAGGUCACCCAGACCUACAAGCUGGUCGUCCAAGCGGUGGACGGAGAUCCUAUCAAGCCCCUGUCAGCAACUGCCACGGUUACUGUCAACAUCAUAGAGGCUAAUGAUGAGCCGCCUGUGUGCGGACCCAACAACACCAACCUCAUUGUACCCACUAACCUCCACACAGGGAUCAACAUUCAGAGCUUCAUCCUCACCUGCAGAGAUGAGGACUCCCCUCCCACAUCCUUCAUCUACAAAAUAUCAGGCACAUCCUCUUCCUCCUCCUUUAUCUCCAGCACAGGGCACAGGCGUGGGAAUGUGGGAGCCAGCAACAUCAACAAUCACUUUGUGUUUUCUCCCCUGUCGGGGACAAACGUGACCAGGCUGUUCCUGAAGGAGCCCUUUGACUACAGUGGUGGUCUGGACAAAGUGUGGAAGUACAGGCUGGUCGUCCUGAUUACUGAUGCGAACCUGAUGGCUGGUGAGCCCCAACCCAGGGGUCAGGUCCAAACCGGCACUGUCGUCAUCAACAUCCAAGUGGUGGAUCCCGAGACCACCACCACCCCUGCCAUCACCUACAUCACCAUUAAAGAGAACACGUUUGCUGUGGAUGACUGGUACGUGCCCUUCAUCUGUACCCUGGGUGCCCUGCUGCUGCUGGGGAUUCUGGGAUACCUGUUGUACCGCUGUGGGAAGUACCUCGCUAACAAAGACUGGAGCUGCUGCCAGCCUGCUGAGGACAAGGAGGCUCUCAUCCCAGAGCCUAAAGAACCACCCCAGAAAGAGGUUAUGCUGGAGCUAACCAAGAUUAAUACUGUGUUUGAUGGGGAGGAAGUGGAUCCAGUCACUGGGAGGAUCUAUGAGUACAACAGUAAGUCUGGUGCCAGAAAGUGGAAAGAUGCCGCCAUUGUGUCCAAGCCACAGCUGACGCAGCCAGAGAGCAGCACUUUGGUCAUUCCUAAGGAGGCAGCAAGCCCUAAGUCAAGACCAGGCACCACCCAAUCACAGACCAAGAAUGGGACAGGAAGGGCUGACACUGCCCAGUUGGAAACCAAUACAGAACGAAUGCAGUCUUCAGGAGACUCACCACAGACCAAUCAGAGACCCCAAAGUAAAAGGCAGUCUGUACAGUCUAAUGCAAGACCCAGGUCAGAAGCUGUUCCCAUGGUAAAAGUGGAAACGACAGACCUGUCAGAAGUUUAG